AUGCUUGAGCGUAAUAGUCUUCAAGGCCAGCCAAUGUUCAACUCCAUGUAUGACUACGUGCACAUUGAUGAGAAGUGGUUUUACAUCUCCAAAGAAGCAGAGAGGUAUUACCUUCUUCCUGAAGAAGAAGAGCCACAUCGUUGUUGUAAAAGUAAACGUUUCAUUACAAAGGUAAUGUUCCUUGCAGCAGUCGCUCGGCCACGGUUUGAUGAAAAUAAAAAUGAAGAAUUUUCAGGUAAAAUUGGAAUUUGGCCAUUCACAUACAAGGAACCAGCUAAAAAGAACAGUAAGAAUCGUGCAGCUGGUACACUUGAAACAAAGGCAAUUGUAUCGGUAACAAAAGAUGUUAUUCGUGCAUGUUUGAUUGAGAAGGUUCUACCUGCAAUUCGAUCUAAAUGGCCAUGUUCCAGUGCAAUGAACAUUAUAUUCAUUCAACAAAAUAAUGCAAGACCACAUGUUGAUCCAUUUGAUGUUGAAUUUCUUGCAGCUGCAAGUAGAGAGGGUUUUGAUAUUCGUUUAUCGUACCAACCCCCAAACAGCCCAGAUAUGAAUGUUUUGGACCUCGGAUAUUUUAGAGCGAUUCAAUGUUUGCAAUAUCAAGAAGCACCCACAAAUAUUUGA